CUUCCCUUUUUCUCUCUCAAAGCCGGCAUCGGCGCCUGGCGAGGCGAGGCGAGUCCCCAUCUGGCAAUGGGUUCUUUUGACUGCUAAGCCGCGCUCUAAGCUAGACGGACUUUCCGCGUUUCCACCUCACCUUUUCUGUCCCUCUCGGGCCCCUGUAGCGGAGCCACACAGAAGCCAUAGAGAAGAAACAAACAAGGGGGACGACGACGCGGAAAGUGGGCCAGUUGGGUGGAGCUUUGCGCGUGACGUCACUGGGCGGCGCAGCCAACACCGAUCGAAUCGGAUUCGAACGCUGGCGGGAAGAUAAAGCGGCGUUUGGCGUAGCCGGCGAAGUUGCGUUCCCGCGCUUUUUUGUCCUUCCUGCGCUUCCGUUUUUUUUUCCCCCUGAGCGGCUGUGUAAGAGAGAGAGCUCCGUUUGGUUACCGGCGGGCCGCUUCCAUGGCAACUCCACCCAAGCGGAGCCGCAGCGGCGUGAAGAAGAUCGCCAUCGAGGGCAAUAUAGCCGCAGGUAAAUCUACCUUUGUGAAUAUUCUCAAAAAAGCCCGAGAGGAAUGGGAAAUUGUUCCAGAGCCAGUGGGAAAAUGGUGCAAUGUUCAAGACUGCCGCGAUGACUGUGAGGAGCUGACAGCCUCACAAAAGAGCGGUGGAAACCUUCCAAUGAUGUAUGAGAAGCCGGAGAGAUGGUCCUUUACUUUUCAAGCCUACGCCUGUCUAAGCAGAAUCAGGGCUCAACUCAAAUCCCUUGAAGGGAAACUAAAAGAACCUGAGAACGCUGUGGUUUUCUUUGAACGAUCAGUUUAUAGUGACAGGUACAUCUUUGCAUCCAAUUUAUAUGAAUCUGAUUGCAUGAACGAAACAGAGUGGACUAUUUAUCAAGAUUGGCACAGUUGGAUGAAUCAGCAGUAUGGAUCGAGCCUUGAACUGGAUGGCAUUAUUUAUCUCCGAGCUACUCCUGAAAAAUGCUUGGAUAGGAUUUACAUCCGUGGAAGGGAUGAAGCGCAAGGCAUUCCCAUGGAAUAUCUGGAGAAACUCCAUUACAAACACGAAAGCUGGCUCCAGCAUCGGACAUUACGAACAGAGUUUGAAUACUUGCAAAAAGUACUUUUAACCCUCGAUGUAAAUGAAGAUUUCAAAGGCAACAGAGACAAACAUGAAAUAUGAUUGAGACGGUAAACCUUACCAAGAGUGCUAGUUUAUGUGUCUCCAAGUCACUCUGUUUACUAAUCGAAAAGCUCUGUCCUUGUAUGUUUCUAUUGAAAUCUGCAUGCCCAGCUAGGGAAUUCUGGGAAUUAAGUCUUAAAGUGUCUAGUUUGACAAACUCUGCUUUAGGGCAUUGUUCAUACACUGUCAUAAAAAACCAAUCCGCAUAAUGUCCUUAAAGUCCUCAGCCACUAAUUAAAAGCAAAUGUCCUUAUUAGUGCUUCCAACGGCAGAUUCUCUAACAAACCCAGGGUAAAUUAAGAUUAAAUAAAUUUCUGGUUACCUAUUUAGAGCCUUAACUGUGUGCAUAUUCGGAAUGUUCUCAGAACUUAGCUCCCACUUUUAUUUAGCUGGUCUAUUA